AUGAAUCAAGAAAAGUUGAAAAAAUUACAAGCCCAGGUACGCAUUGGAGGUAAGGGAACACCAAGGAGAAAAAAGAAGGUACUUCACGCUACUGCAGCUACUGAUGACAAGAAGUUGCAAAGUUCAUUGAAGAAAUUAUCAGUGAACACAAUCCCUGGCAUCGAAGAAGUGAACAUGAUCAAAGAUGAUGGGACUGUAAUUCACUUCAAUAAUCCCAAAGCUCAGGCUUCCCUGGCAGCUAAUACAUUUGCUGUAACUGGUCAUGGAGAAACCAAACAAAUCACUGAAAUGCUACCCGGAAUAUUGAGUCAGUUAGGACCAGAAGGGCUAAAUCAACUGAAACGUUUAGCAACAAGUGUUGCUGGAAACACUGCAGGUAAAGCUACUAUUGAGGAAGAUGAUGAAGUUCCUGAUUUAGUAGAGAAUUUCGACGAAGCAAGUAAGGAAGAGGUCCCGAACAAAGAAGCUGGUAAAGAAAACGCACUCCCAGCCAAGAACUAA